UUGUUGAUCCUCUAUUUGUGUGGCGUUUAACAACACUAGUUAUAUUAUCUAUUAGUUCAGCAAUUGGACUAGCUGCAGUAUUUUCAUCUUUUGUCAUGAGUCGAAAAACUGUGCCUCAGCUAAAAUCUUGGAUUUUAUAAUUAUAAUUGUAUUAUAUCGGUUCAAAAAUUGAAAACAUGUCAUUUAAUCGUUUCCGUAGUUUAAAAAAAGUUAACCAUCUGACAACUAAACGUUCUAUGUCAUUGGGUUCUACAAAUCGUAAAUCAUUCACAGUUAGUGGAAAUGAUGACUUCAUACAAAAUGUAAUAAAAAGUGAAACUCCUGUUAUAGUCAAUUUUCAUGCAGAAUGGUGUGAUCCUUGCUUAACAUUAACACCUAUGUUGAAAAAAAUGGUUGGCGAUUUGCCCUCUGUAAAUUUAGCACUUGUCGAUGUUGAAAAGAAUGCUGAUUUAGUGCAUACAUUUGAAGUAAAAGCUGUUCCAGCUGUUUUAGCUAUACGUAAUGGCCAAGUCGUAGAAAAAUUUAUUGGACUCAUUGAUCAAAACAAGAUUAAUGAAUUGGUAAAGAAAUUAUCCAAAUCUGAAGAGGUUGAAAAGCCUUAGUUUAUCUAGGGUUUUUUUUUAAACUAAUUAAUAACUAACUAAAAAGCUCUUAUGCAUUUAUUGUUCUUAAUUUAUUUUUAAAUUUUAAAUAAAUAAUUUACAAAUUAUUAUUGUUCAAAAGCCUAAUAUUAUGAUUUACUUUAAAAAUUAAUAUUAUCCUCAAUAAUUUAUUUCAUUACAUUCUAGUCAAUACUUUCUGCUUAUUAAGUUCUGUAUUUGUAUUCAUUUAUAUAAAUUUCU